CCAGGGUGGCUCAAGGCUUCUCCACACAAGUCUGCUGAACCCUGAGCACCCUGAGCUGCCAGGAUAGGGCGGGCUAGGGCUGCCGCCAUGAUCCCAGGCCUGGCCUUGCUCUGGGUAGCGGGGCUGGGGGUUGCUGUCCCCAGUCCCCCACGCCUUCGGCUCUCUUUCCAAGAGCUCCAGGCCUGGCAUGGUCUUCGGACCUUCAGAUUGGAGCGGACCUGCUGCUACGAAGCCUUGCUGGUGGAUGAGGAGCGUGGACGUCUGUUUGUGGGAGCUGAGAACCUUGUGGCCUCCCUAAGCCUGGACAACAUCAGCAAGCGGGCCAAAAAGCUGGCCUGGCCCGCCCCUGUGGAAUGGCGAGAAGAGUGCAACUGGGCAGGGAAGGACAUUGGUACUGAGUGCAUGAACUUCGUGAAGUUGCUGCAUACCUACAACCGCACCCACUUGCUGGCCUGUGGCACAGGGGCCUUCCACCCAACCUGUGAAUUUGUGUUUGUGGGCCACCGACUGGAGGAGCCCAUGCUCCAGCUAGACCUGCAAAGGCUAGAAGAUGGCAAGGGGAAAAGUCCUUAUGACCCUAGUCAUCGAGCUGCCUCCGUGCUGGUGGCCUCACUAUAG